GCAGGAGGGGCCACGCGAGGCUGGACUUCUCAAACGCCGGUCGGGAUUGAAACGCAGUUGCACGCUGGGUAUUAGUUUCAGAGUUUGACAUUACCCCCCCAGCUCACCGGUUCGCCGGCUGGUUUCCGCAGUGAUACGGUACACGCUGUUGAGAAAAUGUCUAACGUCAACUGGAAGCCCUUUGUUUUCGGCGGGCUCGCUUCCGUGACGGCAGAAUGCGGGACCUUCCCCAUCGACCUAGCCAAGACGCGUCUUCAAGUUCAAGGCCAAGUAGGCGACAGCAGAUAUCGAGAGAUCCGGUACAGAGGCAUGCUGCACGCUAUAGCGAGGAUAGGAAGAGAGGAGGGGCUCCGCGCGCUGUAUUCAGGAAUAGCUCCUGCUAUGCUGCGACAGGCCUCCUAUGGGACCAUUAAAAUUGGCACAUACCAGAGCUUGAAGCGGCUGCUGGUCGACAGACCAGAGGAUGAGACAUUGCUGACUAAUGUGAUGUGUGGUGUUCUCUCUGGUGUCAUCUCGUCCUCCAUCGCCAACCCCACUGAUGUUCUGAAGAUCCGCAUGCAAGCUCAGGGAAAUGUGAUCCAGGGCAGUAUGAUGGGCAACUUCAUCAACAUUUACCAGCAGGAGGGAACAAGAGGACUGUGGAAGGGCGUCUCUCUAACGGCUCAGCGGGCGGCCAUCGUGGUCGGGGUCGAGCUACCGGUCUAUGACAUCACUAAGAAGCAUCUGAUCCUGUCGGGUCACAUGGGGGACAACGUGUACACACACUUUGUGUCCAGCUUUGCGUGUGGUCUGGCGGGAGCUUUGGCCUCUAACCCAGUGGACGUAGUCCGGACACGCAUGAUGAACCAGAGAGGAGUAGCUCUGUGCCAGGGAACAGUGGCAUGCAUACUGCAGACGUGGCGCUCCGAGGGCUUCAUGGCCCUCUACAAGGGUUUCUUUCCCAACUGGCUCCGCCUGGGACCGUGGAACAUCAUUUUCUUCCUCACUUACGAACAGCUGAAGAAGAUCAACGUGUGACUGACGGAACGAGACGGUGAAAAAGAAAGAAGAGUAUGUGGUCACUCUCCGGUACGAGCCGAGAGGACCAAAAUCUGGAAUGGCUGGAGGCUGAUGGAACCACCGAACAUGGGUUGAAUGGGGUUGAUGCAGACCCAUGUAUGAGGGGCGGCGUGGUCUCCAAAUUGAGUGCCUUAGUUUGUGAAACAGGCCGUCUGCGCCUCAGUUUGAAUAAGGACCGAGAAUGUCGGAUAGCAGCUGACAAUCAUUCCCUUUUUGAGAGAAAAUUGCUUGUGUGCGCGAGUCAACAAACUUGGACUAAAAUUCAGUUUUUAGUUUUUAUUUUUCUAUAUUUAGUUGGAUGUGUCGCAAUUAUUUAUUAUUCUAAGAGUCUCCCUGGAGUACUUGGAGAGUUCAGAGCCAAAAAUACAUCAUGGUGUACUGUAAUGAAUAACAGUCACACAAACCGCCUGAAGACCAGUGUGUGGGUGCUCAGUGGAUACACACACACACACUCACACACACAUCCCAUGCCCAUAUGUGGCGAGACUAGUGGUCCGUCACGUCAGCGAGUGCAGACAGUAAAUAUAACUGGGGCAGCUGGGGGUUUACUCCCAGGGUUCUUGGUGUUAUUAUAUGUAUUACAGUUAAAUAGCCAUGAUGUAAGACUUCAUAUGAUACCCCAUGCCGCUUUAGGUGAAGACCACUGAGACACAUUAAUGUAUCCAAAGGGCAUCAUUUGACAAUGUUUGUUGCUUUAAAUCACUUAAACCACUGCACAUGAUCCCCAUUUAACUCCAGGUAUAUUUUCAUAUAGUGCAUUUGCACGCUGUGUGCGUAUCUGUGAGCUUUUGUCGUAAAGGAUGAACACGUUGCUGGCUGUUCUGUGUGAGCUGCCUUUGCUGCUGAUGUGUAAGUUUACUUUUGGUGUCUAGGCUGCUGUUGCCCUGUAUUUUGAAAUAAAAGAGAAAAAC